AUGCCCGAUCGAAUAUCUACCGCAAAUGCUGCAACAGGAUCUGUGGCGCAAAGCAUUCUGCUCUGGCUCGGGGUGGUGGCGCUGGUAUAUCUGCUGUUGGUGGGUGUCAGCGUAGUAGGUGCAGGAUUCAAAUGGAUAUCCGGAGGUGCAGACGGCGCCGCCGCGAUCUUCGCGUUUGCAAGCAAUCCUAUUGCCGGUGUCAUUCUGGGCACGCUGGCAACAGCCCUGGUGCAGUCUUCCAGUACCGUCACGUCAGUUAUUGUGGGUCUUGUUGCUGGUGGUGUGCCGGUGUCUCUGGCUGUGCCCAUGAUCAUGGGGGCGAAUAUGGGUACCACCAUAACCAAUACCAUCGUCAGCCUGGGUAACCUGCGUGACAGCGCCGCGUUUAAAAAAUCGUUUCAGGCAGCCACGGUGCACGAUUUUUUCAACCUUUUCAGUAUUGUGAUUUUCCUGCCCAUCGAGAUGAUGUUUCAUCCGCUGGAAAAGAUGGCUGGGGUUGCUGCGGGAUGGUUUGCCGGUGGCCAGAGCGCAUCGAUGUCGGAUGCCAAUUUCAUCGGUGCCUUGACCAAACCUGUUGCUAAUUAUGUGGUGGAUCUGGCAGGUGAUCUGCCGGACAGCAUCGGCGCCAGCCUGGCCAUCGGGGUUGGUGUGUUGAUGAUCAUGUUAUCAGUUGUGUACCUCGGCAAACUGCUGCGGCGUGCGAUGACCGGGAAGGCAAAAGGGGUCAUGGAAAAAGCUAUUGGCCGACGGCCUGAAACGGGUGUCAUGUCAGGCGCGCUGGUGACGGUUCUGGUGCAGUCUUCGUCUACCACCACAAGUCUUGUUGUACCGCUUGCUGGUGCGGGUGUGCUGACCCUGAAACAAGUCUUCCCGUUCACAAUGGGCGCUAACAUAGGUACGUGUAUUACGGCCUUGCUGGCUGCGACCGCAGUCACCGGCGCUUAUCAAGUGUUUGCUCUGCAGAUAGCACUGGUGCACCUGCUUUACAAUCUGUUAGGUGUAUUGGCUUUUCUGUAUAUCCCCUGGCUGAAAGCGCUGCCAAUGCGGGCGGCUUCACUGCUUGGACAGAAAUCUGCGGAGCACCGCAGCUGGGCGUUUGGCUAUAUCUUUGCAGUAUUUUUUGUUCUGCCCGGUUCGGUAUUCGGCGCGCAACUGCUCAGCGGCUCCGGUGACGCUGAGAUCAUUGACGCCCUCGAAAGUGAAGCUGCUCAGCAGUGUCAGGCUGAGAUGGAAGGUCCGUUGACGGACAUCACGAUCAUCGAUUGCACUAUGGCAUUGGCCGGGCCUUUUGGCACCGCGCUGCUUGCCGACCUGGGUGCCAACGUCAUAAAAGUUGAACCCCCGACGGGUGACAUGGCCCGGUCGGUUCCCCCCCUGCCUGAAGGUUACACAAACGCCGGCAGUGCUGAUCAAAAUACACAAAGCGGUGCUGCCGAUUACGGCGGAUACUUUGCCAGCAUCAAUCGCAAUAAACGCAGCAUUGUUCUCGACCUGAAAAAUAAAGACGAUGCUGAAGUGUUCAUGCAGCUGUGUGAGCAGGCGGAUGCUGUGGUGGAAAACAUGCGCGUAGGCGUUAUGGAUAAACUGGGUCUGGGAUACGAGGCAAUAGCCGAGCGAAACCCCAAAAUUGUCUAUGGCGCCAUUCGUGGCUUUGGCGAUCCCCGUACCGGUGAAAGUCCUUACGCCAACUGGCCUGCUUAUGACAUAGUGGCCCAGAGUAUGAGCGGCCUUGCUCAAAUUACCGGGCCAGCAGAUGGCGGCGGUUAUCCAAGUGGGGUGAGUGUCGGUGAUAUAUAUCCUGGCACUCUGCUGGCGUUAGGUGUUGUGUCUGCCAUCCAUCACGCACGGGUAUCAGGAAAAGGACAAUUCCUGGAUGUUGGGAUGUACGAUGCCAUGCUCGCCUUCAACGAAACCACAAUUGCCAAUUAUGGCUAUGCCGGAAUCGAACUCGGACCGCGUGGCCAGCAUCAUCCUAAUCUCAUGCCGUUUGGUUUGUUUCCAACUCUGGAUGGCAGUGUCGCAAUAGCUGUAGUCAUCAUAACCGGUGCUGGCGGCGGUCUGGGUAAAGCGCAUGCGCUGGAAUUUGCCCGGCGCGGUGCGAAAGUAGUGGUCAAUGAUCUCGGCGGCAGCGGUGACGGUACCGGUGCCAGCGAUAUGGCGGAUGAAGUUGUUGCUGAAAUAAAAGCUGCGGGUGGUGUGGCCAUUGCCAACAAAGCUUCAGUGUCCAGUCGCGAAGGUGCGCAGUCGAUUGUAGACGACGCAGUUGCAGAAUUCGGAACCGUGGAUAUUCUUGUUAACAACGCCGGCAUUCUUCGCGACAAGAGUUUUAAAAAGCUUGCUCUGGAUGACUGGGACAUUGUCAUGGACGUGCAUCUGAACGGCUCGGCUUAUGUCACCCACGCCGCCUGGCCCAUCAUGUACGAAAAAAAUUACGGUCGGAUUGUGUUUACCAGCUCUACCUCGGGCAUCUUUGGUAAUUUUGGUCAGGGCAAUUACGGCGCGGCCAAAAUGGGUAUGUUAGGGCUUAUGAACGUGCUGGAAAAAGAAGGGCGGGCCAAGAACAUUCGCGUUAACUGUCUGGCGCCUGCCGCUUCAACCCGAUUGAUUAACACUAUUCCGGGGCGCGAUGAAGACCUGGACAAUCCCGAUCCCAUGCGUCAUCCGAAGUUAGUCACACCGGCGGUAUUGUUGAUGUGCGCGGACGAUGCGCCAACAGGUAAGGUUAUUCUUGCAGGUAACGGUCGUUUUUCCACCGCUGCAGUGUUCAAUAAUGAAGACCUGGAGUUUGAUGCAGAUGUCACCUAUGAGGAUCUGCUGAGUAAAAAGGAUCAGCUUCUCGAUAUGAGCCAGGCAACUGAAGGCUGGGGUUGGCUGGCUAAGCGUAUGCGCGAGCAGUAG